AUGGUCCCUAUCGGCCAUCCGGUCGACUCGUACAACGAUCUUCAGCUCUUACGCACAAUGAGAGUGGCUCGUCAGCGCGAUAUAGUCUACACCGAGAAAACUAUCAGCGCCAAAAUCAUUACCAACACCAGCAUCGACAGACAUAUCCUCAUCAUUCACAGCAUCACCCAAAUCGGCCUCAAUCCCAAGGCUCGAUCUCUGGUCAAGACGAUCUUGGAGCGACAAGGCUCUGGUGGUCAUAGCAGUCAUACCCAGCAAGCACAAAUGCUUCCGACUCUGCAACAGCAACAAAGACAACGACUUCCAAAGCAGAAUGAUCAAUUGCAACAUCAGGGUAAUGUUCUUGUACGAGAGUUCAGCAGCCACUCUCACCCUCCCGCUUCCUCGAGAUCGUCCGAAUUGGCUGCUAAAAUGGAUACCCCUAUUUCCAUUGAGGUCAGCCUUAGAGCAUUCUCCCUUAAGUUCAGAAUGUACGAUAAAUAA